AUGGCGUCGUCCCUGCCGUCGGACCAACAGGGCUCGGCGAGCCAUGCUCGCUCGAGCAGUGCCGAGCAGGACAACGGCCCGUUGUCCAACCUGAACCUCGGGUUCCUCAAGGGCCUUACCGAGAAGAAGGCGACACGAGAUGGCCAGCCGCCCAAGCGCCGGGGGCCGAAGCCUGACAGCAAACCCGCCAUGACCAGGCGGCAGGAGCUCAACAGACAAGCACAGCGAACACACCGCGAGAGGAAAGAGCUCUACAUCAAGGCGCUCGAGGACGAGGUCCUGCGGCUCAAGGAGGUCUUCAGCAACAUGUCGCAGGACAAGGACAAGGUCGCAGAAGAGAACAAGCAACUCAGGCAGCUCCUGACCCAGCACGGCAUACCGCUCAGCAGCGUCGGCCUCGACGACACCGUCAGUAACCCCAGCGGCGGCUACACUGCCAGCGCGAGCCCCUCCGGCUACAGCCAUACUCACGGCUCUCGCUCAGUUUUCACCCCGCCCCUGACGUCGAAAUCCACGACCGCCUCCGUGUCGCCUUCGUACGCGCCCAACAGUGGCAGCUCCCAUGGCAACACGCCCAGCGGCCAGCAGCAACAACAGCAUCCUCAACAUGGCACGUCCCAACACCUGCCGGGACAUUACGGCCUUCCCUGUGACGACGGAGUCAGCGGCAGCCGUAUUCGCCAGUUGCGUGGUACGGCCAGGCCCAUGACACUAGAGAAGCCCUGCAUGAACCACAUGCCCUGGCUGCUCGAGCGAUCGAGCGAGAUGGGCGGCGAGCCCUGUGGCCAUGCCCUCAUGGCCUCGUGCCCCCCCGAGCCAUUCCCUGAGCUGACGCCCGACAUUCCCUUUGGCUACGCCCACGUCAACGGUGAUCUCAACUCGGGCCAGAGGACGUGGGAGCUGUCCAAGGCGGAUCUCGGGACGCUGCUCGCCCUCAGCAAGAGGCUCAAUCUCGAUGGCGAGAUCACUCCCGUCAUGGCGUGGGGCAUGGUCAUGGCGCACUCGAGGUUUUAUGAGAUGAAGGCCGAGGACUUUGCCAAGCUGACGGAGGAGCUGAGUACCAAGAUUCGGUGUUACGGGUUCGGCGCUGUUUUGGAGGAGUUUGAAAUCAGAGAUGCUUUGGAGAAUGCCAUGGGAGCUUACCCUUGA